ACCUUGGGAUUUUCAAGUUCAUGCCAAUGAACUUCGAGAACAUCUUCAGCAAGUACGCUCGAACCGUGCCCGACAAGUUACAUUUCAAAGAAGUGUGGCACAUAACCGAGGCUAAUCGAAACCAAUACGAUUUCAUCGGCUGGAUAAUAUCGAAGGGGGAAUGGACGCUUUUAUAUCGGCUUGCAAAGGAUGAAAAUGGUUAUUUAUCAAAAGAAGCAGUGUGGGGUUGUUUUGAUGGAAGUUUGUUCGAUUAUGUUGCCGAAUUGAAUAAGGCUAAGAAGAAUAAGACCCACUGAUUAAUGCACUGCAUGCUGCAGGCUUGAAAUAUGUGGUGUUUUUUAUAUUUUAAAUAAUGGAGUUAUCCCUUGUAUUUGAA